UUCCCAUGGGCUCCUUUGCUUCAUCUUCUAGGCUACCAAUCGAAGAAGAUGAAGAUUCACCCCAAUUACACCUUGUUUACGCCUCGUUUUCAGCUAAAACUCCAUCACCUGAUGUGACCGAGUUGAACUGGAUCGAGUGCUACAACCCGGCAAGCAACAAAUGGCAUCGAAUCACCUCAAUACCACUAGCCAAAAAUCAUGAUUUGAAAGGCUAUGCAAUGGUCAUUGUGGGUGACUUCAUUUACAUCAUUGGUGGGUUAUGUUGCCGUAAACAAGUACGUGAAGGACAUGACUAUGAUGAUCAUGUGAUCAUAGAUGACCUACAAGUCCAUCAGCAUGUUCUACGUUAUAGUAUUCUAGAUGACACUUGGUCCACAUGCUCACCACUUAAACAACCACGGUUUGACUUUGCAUGCGCGGUUAGCGGCGACAAGAUAUAUGUCGCGGGCGGAAAAAGCACAACCAGUGGUGUGAGGGCCGUUUCGUCAGCUGAAGUGUAUGAUCCCGCUCUUGACGAGUGGAAGUUAUUGCCAGACAUGACGACGUCAAGGUACAAGUGUGUUGGCGUGACAUGGCAAGACAAGUUUUACGCUGUUGGUGGCUUUGCUGACCUAGGGGCUACCAAACCCCUAGGACCAUUUUCUAUGGCCCGGAGCUCGGCUGAAGUGUACGAUACCCUGACAAACACGUGGCAGUUCUUGCCACGGAUGUGGGAACUAGACGUCCCACCUAAUCAAAUUGUGGUUGUUGGAGGAAAGCUUUUCAGCUCCGGUGACUGUUACAAAAAAUGGAAAGGGUACAUCGAAAAAUACGACGGCGACCUCAACAUGUGGAACGUGGUCGACGGGUCAUCACUUUCGUCCCCAACAUCCAUGCUCGAUGUGACAUCACCAAAGCGGCCUUUGAUGGAACCACUAUACCUUACCAUAGCUCCGAUUGGGACGUGCUUGUACUUUUUCGCUGGAUAUAGAAUGAUCGGUGAAACAUCGAAAUAUAUGUCGGAAGUUCAUGUGUUCAACACUGCGGGAUACGGUGGUGAUUGGAUGAGUUUCGAGCCUAAGAUGGAGGAUGGUGAGAAGGUCCUUUCUUGUCACUGUUGUGUUUACAAAAGACAUGAGUAAUGAGGCAACAUCGUGCAGGGUCCUCAUCGUGUAAUACUAUUGUGUUUGGAAAUAUCAACGUAAUAAUAAUAAUGUACGGUAUAAAAGUAAAAUAAACUUGC